UAAUGCAUUUUGAUUUCGGUUGAUUUUGCAGAGUUAGCUUUCUGAUCAAGCGAUGAGUUUAAUUUCUCAAAAUGCGCUUCCAAAAAACCGAGUUGAUAAGGUUAAAAAGCAGGAGUCUGAAGAACCUGUAUUUGUGGAAGGGAAUGAAGCAACUGAAGUUACAAAAGAACCCAACUCUGCUGGUUUCAAGAAUAAAAAGAGAAGGAAAGAGAAAAAUGAAGAUCGGAAGCAGUUAGAGAUUGAGCAUGAAAAGGAAAUGAACAGGCUGGAGAACUUCUUGUUUGGGUCUCUGUACUCUCCAGUUGUAUAUGGAAAGGAAGACGAGGAAGAAGUAAGAGAUUUGACCGAUGGGGAUCCGGCUUUGUUCUUUACAGAUAGAUCUGCAGAUGAGGUUGUGUCAGCUUAUGAGAAGGAGGUGGAAUUUCAGGAAGAGAGCAAUAGUGAAGUGGAAACAAGGGAGAAGAAACCUGUAUGGGUGGAUGACGAAGAGGAAAAAACAACUGUAGAUAUCGUGAAAGUCAACAGACUGAGGAAAUUGAGGAAGAAAGAUGAUGAGCGUUUGAUUUCUGGUUCAGAUUAUGUGUCAAGGUUGAGGGCUCAGCAUGCCAAGCUGAAUCCAGGGACAGAGUGGGCCCAACUUGGCCCACGAUCAAGUAAUUAUGGUCCUUCUGAUGAUGAAUCGGAUGAAGAAAAUGGUGUUGUGAUAGCCCGGGAUUACAAGAAUAUUGAAGCACAUGAUGAUAUCCUUCAGUCAAAUGAAGACCUUGUUCUGAAGAGCGGUGCAAAGUUGUUACCUGGAUUAGUGGAGCACUCAAGAUUGGUAGAUGCAAAUGCCAUGGAUCCCUCCAAUGGCCCCAUAAAUUCAGUUCAAUUCCACAGAAAUGCUCAGUUGUUACUUGCAGCAGGAUUAGAUCGAAGGCUAAGAUUUUUCCAGAUUGAUGGGAAACGGAACACUAAGAUACAAAGCAUCUUCCUCGAGGAUUGUCCCAUUCGCAGAGCUUCUUUCUUACCUGAUGGGUCCCAGGUUAUUGUUGGGGGAAGGCGUAAGUUCUUUUACAGUGUUGAUCUGGUGAAAGCAAGUGUCGAUAAGAUAGGACCCUUGACUGGCAGGGAGGAGAAAAGCUUGGAAGUUUUUGAGGUAUCCCCUGAUUCUAGUACUAUUGCUUUUGUGGGUAAUGAAGGUUAUAUUCUCUUGGUUUCAACGAAAACAAAAGAGCUGAUUGGCACACUGAAGAUGAACGGGACUGCUCGAGCUUUGGCUUUCGCUGAUGAUGGAAGGCAACUGUUGAGUUUUGGUGGGGAUGGACAUGUCUACCACUGGGACUUGCGAAGGAGGACAUGCUUUCAUAAAGGUGUCGACGAAGGUUGUGUUUAUGGUUCUGCUCUUUGUACCUCUCCAAAUGGAAGUCUUUUUGCAGCAGGUUCAGAAAGUGGGAUUGUCAAUAUUUACAACGGAGAAGAGUUCUUAGGGAACAAGAGAAAACCGAUCAAGACUGUCGAGAAUAUAACUACUACGGUGGAUUAUUUAAAAUUCAAUCAUGAUGCUCAGAUAUUGGCUAUUUGCUCAACUAUGCAGAAGAAUAGCUUAAAGCUAAUUCACAUCCCAUCUUAUACUGUAUUCUCCAAUUGGCCCCCACCAAACAGGACUCUUCAUUAUCCUAGGUGUUUAGAUUUCAGUCCUGGUGGAGGUUUCAUGGCCAUGGGAAACGCUGCAGGGAAAGUGUUCUUGUACAAGUUGCAUCAUUACCAACAUGCAUAGAGUGAUGGGAAUGUAACUGAACAUCUCGGCUGUCUUUUAUGAUUGGUAUUCCAGAUGCCAAAUUUGAAAAGCUGCUUGGUAGCCAUGUGAAAUGCCGUGGCACAGCGGCAGAUCUUGUACAAGCUUCAUAGAGUGAUGUAAUCUCAACUAAAGUCUUGACUGUUUAACCUGUAUGAGUAUAUGAGAUGCCAAAAGUUGCGACAGCUGUUUCUGAUACUAGCAGAGCAUCAUUUUUUGUUGAUGAUGGAGGAUUAUGCCUGGUAAUUACCUUACUUUGAACUUGUGGAUUUUGAUUUAAUCAAGGAGUUUAUUAGUUUUGUUUGCUCAUUGUAUAACUUUGUAUGGGUGGCACUAUUAUGAGGGAGACAAUUUUGAGCGUCUCAAGUAAUAGGUUUAGGUGACCAUCUUUUUUA